AUGGACGAGGCCACCGAGCUGAAGCUCCUGGAGGAGAUGCUGCUCGUGGGCAAGGACGACGGCAUACAUCUCGACGACGUCGAGGUUUCAACAAUAGACUACGAGUCGGCGCUGCAAGUUGUGGCGGCGGCCUUCCAUUCAGAGAGCCGCUCCUUCCCUCUCAUCGCUAACCGCGGCGCCCCUUCCUCCUUCAAAGGCCGGGCAGCCGUGGACUGGAUGGUGGACCACUUCCUGUUGAAGAAGCGCGGCGAGGCCGUCUUCAUCGGACAGACCCUCAUGGACCGCCAGAUCGUCAAGCUGAGACCGAAGAAGACUCUGCUGGACGACCUGAUCAGCGCCAACAAGGACAGCAAGGCCAAGGACAGCAGUCGAGGCGAGGCCGAGGUCGAGAUCGGCCUGCUCAAGGACUACCCGCCACCACCGCGCGCCGGCGCAACUUCGCCGCCGCCGGCCUCGUCCUCUUCAUCAUCCGCAUCAUCAUCGCCGUUCCUCUCGCCGCGCGCACGGGCCGCCACCUCCUUCUCCCUGGCGGCGAUGACGAGAUCGUCGUCGUCCCGAUCCUUCACCGAACUCCCGAUCCCAUCUUCUUCAUCACCGUCACCGUCAUCAUCAUCAUCAUCAUCAUUCUUCUUUUCCGGCAACAACAUCAUCACCGUCGACAGCGUCGACGUCAAAACCCACAACACCAACAACGGCGACUCGGCCUCGCCGCUGGCCUCGCCCACGGCCUCGCCGCGCAAGAUCUCCAAGGCCCGGCGCGCCUCGCUGGUGCUCAAGGAGAAGUUCCUCAUCUUCCGGGAGAACCGCCUCGACAAGAGCGACGGCGGCGGCCUCGACGACAAGGAGGAGUGGGAGCGCGGGGGCUACGGCGAUGGCAGCCACACGCACCGCAACCAGCACAACAACAACAGCAACAACGACAGCAACAGCAUUAAUCAUAGCAACAGCAGCAGCGACAGCGACAGCGAUGAGUCGAGCAGCAGCGACGACUCGAGCGACACGAGCGAGGCCGCGUUGCCCGCGGCGGCGGCGGCAAAGAGCAGCAACCACGGCAGCGGCAUGCUCUCCAUUCCAUCGGCCCGACGCCGCGCCUCGAUGCUCUUCUCGCCGCUGCGACUGGGCAAAGAUUCGUCGUCGUCGUCAAGUCUGGCCGUUUCAGAGGAGGCCAACCGGGACGUGGUGGUAAAGAAGGUGGUGGUGGCGCGUCGGCUGUUGGACGAGAACGGCGAGUGGAGCAGCGCGGCGGACGGCGAGCGCGAGUCGACGUCGACGUCCACAUCGUCCAAUUCGUCCUCCCCGCGCACCUCAUCGUCGUCGACGACGACGUCGGCGUCGACAUCGUCGCGCCCGGGCUCGCCGAUCAUGCCGCCGCCGUCGCCGCGCACCCAGCUGACCCUCGACAAGCUGCGCGAGGCGGCCGGCGCCAAGAAGGCGGGCGUACAGGGCCGCCUCCGGGGCAAGUCGAGCGCCGACCUGGUCAAGACCUCCAACCCGCUCUACGGCACGGCGGCGCUCGAUCUCGAGGAAAUGGUGCGCGAGCGCGAGGAGCGCAAUCGCGAAAAGCACGAGCGGCGCGAGGCCCGGCGCGUCAGGCGCGAGGAGCGGCGCAGGCGGCGGGCGGAGAGGGCCGAGGCCGCAGCGGCCGCCGGGGUCGUCGUUAAGGAGGCGGCGCACGUCGACGAGGGCCGGUCGCGUGGUGGGUCAUCCGAAGGCGACCACCCGUCGUCGUCACCGUCGACGUCGACAUCGGCCUCGCCGGCCCGGUCGCCGCGGCCCAGGUCUCCCAAUCGCGGCAGAACGAGUGCCGACAGAGAUUCAAUCACCUUCGCCGCCACUGUCGACAACGACGACGACGAUCGUGCGGCGGCCGGCAGCGCUGGCGGCGGCGGCGGCGGGAAGCAGCGGCGUAGCAGCGACGGGAUGAUCCUGACGCUGCAGGGCCAGGCCAAGAAGAAGGCCAACAGCGUCGACAAAAAAGAUACAAGACUGGACCAGGAGGCCGGCACCGAUUCACCGAUCAAGCCGGCGCGCCAGAGCCGGCUCCGGCGGGCCUCGUCGCUGCGGGUGAGCAGCGGGAACCUCCUCCUCGGCCGAUCGUCAUCGGACAAGAAGGAAAAAGAAAAAGAGAAGGAGAAGGAAAAGGACAAGAUAAAGAAGAUGACGGUGGUGGACAGCGGCGGCGGCGGCGGCGGCAGCAGCGUCAACAAGAAGGAGGACGACAAGCGGCACCGGCGAAAAGGCGGCAGCUUCAUCAAGCCCCGCGCGAGCCGAGAUGAGCUCGACACCGUGGUCGGCGGCGGCGGCGGCGGCAAGCAGUCGCCCGAGCAGCACCCGCGGUCGGCGGUGGUGCGGGAACUGGCGGCGGAUGUGGACUCUAUGGCGGCCGACAAGUCGAAGCGCAAGCGAAACCUGACGCCGCACUCGGUGGCGCUGCCGUUGGCCCAGCGGAUGAGCGUCGGUGUGCGGAGCCGGUCGGCGACGCUCGACGUCGUGGACUCGUCGGACGAGGGCGAGGGCGGCGCGGCACCGCCAGCGAGCAACACGUCGCCAGGGGUGGCGAAGAAAGCGGCGACAUCAACGAUGACAACGACAGGAGGUGAUUGA